CUAAAGGGAGGGAGUCCAAGCUGAGAGAGAGAGGGACAGAGAGCGAGUGGUGAGUGGAAAGGGAGCCUACUAAGUAGCAGGCAGCCUCCCUGCCAGUUCCAUUCUAACCACAGCUGCUUCUCCUUAGACACAAAAAAAAAAAACAGUUUCAACAUCCCAGUCGAGAAGCACGUCUCCUGGAAGAGAGGUCCUCGGGGGGAAGAUGGAUUCUGAUUCCGGAGAGCUGAGUGAAGGAGAACUCUCUCCAGGCCAGGAAAGCUUUAACUCCAAGAGCCUGGCCCUGCAGGCCCAAAAGAAGAUCCUGAGCAAAAUGGCAACCAUGGUGGUGGCCAACCUGCUGACAGAUGACACCAGCAGUGAGAUCCUGGAUGAGCUGUACAAGGUGAGCCGUGAGUACACCAAAAGCAAGAAGGAAGCACACAAGAUCAUCAAGGACGUCAUCAAGAUCGCACUCAAGAUCGGCAUCCUUUACCGCAACCACCAGUUCAGUCCGGAGGAGCUGGAGACUGUGGAUCGCUUCAAGAAGAAGAUGAACCAAGCGGCCAUGACAGUUGUCAGUUUCCACGAGGUGGACUACACCUUUGACCGGAACCUUCUCUCCGAGCUGCUACUGGAGUGCAAGGACCUGCUCCAUGAGCUGGUGGAGCACCACCUCACCGCCCGCUCCCACAGUCGCAUUGAUCAUGUCUUCAACCACUUUGCCGACGUGGAGUUCCUCACCGUGCUUUACAGCCCCUCCGAGGAGUACAGACUCUACCUCAGGAAGAUCUGUGAAGGUAUCAACAAACUUCUGGAUGAGGGUGUGCUUUAACCAACAUAUUCUUCUGUUCACACAUUUAGUGUUUAUAUGUGUGUGCUCAACAUUGUUUUCUGUUACAUUCCCAUGCAUUUAAUGGACCUCUAUUUUUUUUUUUAAAGGGACAAGUGUGUUUUUCAUUUGUCACUACCCAGUGUAAAUUUGAAAUUUUGUCAUGUUUCAGAAUUAGCCCAUGCGUGCUACUGGGAAAAGCCUUAUUGUAAAUGUUCCUGAACAGCAUUUUGUACACAUUGUCUUUCUGCUCAUUAUUUUGUGCCAAGAAAUUAUGGUUAUAGUACAUUACUUAAUCCUUGCAUCAAUUUUCAUUUGAAAUGUAAGUGAACGGAGGUAUAGCUUUAUCAGUUGGAGCUCCUCCACUGAAACAAUUAAUGGGAUAUAUUUGAAUCAUGGUGGCUACAAUCUUUACUGUACAGAGCAAAAUACAAAACAAAUUAACAAUGAAAUGUAAAUUUGCUUUUAUCUCUGUUGUACUGCUGGGUGUGAUGAAGUCUGAUAUGUAGCAUCUACCCUGAAUCACAAAUUCCUUGCCAGAUUUUACAUGAAUCGUGUUGCAGCACUGUAAGAGUCUUCCUCAUGCCAAUGUCUUGUGAUCAUACCAAAUGAAUCAGCAAUCUAUACCAUCCACAACCCCCAGACUGUUGUGAGUGUUUGGAUGUGACUGUUUCAGUAUCUCCCUUUAUGCCAGAGUGUAUUGUCUUUUAUUAAAGAUUCCUCACAUACUUGA